AUGAAAUGUAGAUUUUCUACAGAAAGUUUACACAUUGCUACAUUAGCUGAUUGUUUGAUGCAAUUUGAUUUUAAUGGUAGUUUGCAUCUGAUUGAUUAUUAUAAAGAUUUAUUUGAAAUUAAUAAAUGUGAUCUUAAAAAUGAAAUUGCUGUCUUUAAAAAUUCAUAUUGCAAUUAUGAAAAAACAGAUAGUUUUAGUGUCAUUCAAGAAAAUUUAUCUCAAAAAGUAUUCCCAAAUUUAUAUAGGAUAGUUCAAGUUGCCAAUAUAUUGCCAAUUUCUUCUGCAACAUCAGAGCGUGCAUUUUCUGCCAUGAGGCGAAUUAAUACGUACUUAAGAUCUACAAUGGAUCAAGAUAGAUUUAGUAAUUUAUCGAUAUUGAAUAUUAAAAAAUAUGUAGAAAUUGAUCCUGAGAUAAUUUUGGAACAAUUCAUAGUCAUCAACAAAAGAAAAAUGAAUCUUAUAUAA